AUGUCGUACAUUCCCAAGGCCGUCCUCCUGAACUUCUUCCCCCGCGCGGGCUUUCGCUGGCGGCGCGGCCAAGGCUCGCCGCGGAUUCUCCGCUCCGGCCGGCGCGACGAUGUCGUCCGCCGCGCCGUCAGGGAGCUGUUGGGCGGCGGCGACAUGGACAAGCGGUCCGUCCAGGACCUCGUGGUCACCGCCCUGGUGGCGGUGACCACCGCCAUCAACGACCCCUCGGCUGGGAUCCGCCCCAGCGAGGGCAUCAUCGACUUUUUGGAGCGGUCGGCCCAGCUCUCGGCGCUGGGACAGGCUCUCCCAGAGGAUAUCUGGGUCGAACUCGUCUACCAGAUCGCGGAUGCGCGCGCCAGGUACAAGCGGCACACGAGUGCCGCCGAGCAAGAGGGCGACCGCGACCAGUUGACGGCACUGGCGCAUGCCAUCGACGACCUCGUCCGCGCGGCUGGCAAGAAGUGGGACUGGUCGUCGCUCGAAUUUUACGCCUACCCACACCUGAUGGGUGAGGACGACCUCGACUACGAGGUCGACGAGGAAGAAGACGACGACGACGACGACGCCGCCUCCGCCAACAAGAAGCCGGAGGAAGACGAGUCCAUGGAGGACUCCGCCGGCGAAGAGCUGCCCCGCCGCAUGGAGCAGCUCGACAUCCAAGAUGUGGAUGGGGAUGUGGAGAUGGGCAUGUAG